GUCAUGAAAUGUCUGUGUUAUUGAGAAUCCCCGUGAUCUGUAAGAGGAUUCCUACAGUUUUACCUUAUAAACUUGUAAAUAUUGAUGAAGAUUUGAUUACCAUGAAUAGCUAUAACCUCACUUCUAUCAGCUAGACGAUAAUAAGUAGGUAUUUGUGCGAGCUAAACCAAGAAAAUCCCGAGUUGUAAGCCGGAGGGAUAUCCAUGCCGCGACACAUUGGGAAAUGCCACGUCGGAAACCCACAAUUUCUUUACCGAUGAAACGUGCAUUAGACGAUGAAAACGAUGGCAAAGAUUCCAGUACUAAGAAGGCCAAACCGACAGGUGAUGUAUCACCAGUAUUUACUCAUGAAGAGGAAAAUGCGGCUGUGGGUUCCAUACAAAAUGCUGUUCCCGAUGGACACGAGUCACCGGAGCCGGACAGACAGAGCAUCGGUGAGCAGACACCAGACACACAUCUUGCUAUUAUCGAUGAAGGAUUGAUUCAGACAGGUUCAUUCCAAGAGCAACCAUGUGAAGUAAAGGGGGAUAACUGUGGUGCUGUGGAGGAGGACUCGACACUGGGAUGUGUUGGAGGUCAAUCUGGGGCAUCAUCAGAGAAACGAAACUUGUCUUUAGAGGCACUUUUCCAGGUGACAGACAAUGAACUACAGAAUAUAUCCCGACAACGCCUCAAGUCGCCCCAACAGCUCAUCAUUGACGAGACCCAGAAAGCAACAGUACAGGAAGUGGAUGGAAAUAUCGUGACAAUCUUGCCUAGUGAUAUAAUAUUAGACGAAAUAGUUAACGGGAUAAAGUACAGUAAACAGAUAAGUGUACCUUCAGGUGAAUCCCCGAAUAUGGACACUGUCACUUAUCAAAGUAUACAAAUCAACACAAUUGAAACACAACCUGCCGAGACUGUGAUCCAGACAGGGGGUACAACUCUCCUGUCAGCGGUUCCUACAGAAACAACUGGGCGUAGGAGGAAGCACCCACAGAAGCCUGGACGGCACAUCUGUCCGUUUUGUGGCAGGGGUUGUGCUAAGCCAAGUGUUUUGCUGAAACAUUUACGAGCGCACACAGGGGAACGUCCUUACCCAUGUGUGUCUUGUGGAUUUUCUUUUAAGACGAAGAGUAAUCUUUACAAACACUGUAAGUCGCGAGCACAUGCCCUAAAGUCUGGCCUGACCACUGGUCAGUCAACCAGCAUUGACAUUGGUGAGGAGGAGGCUACUCACAUGGAGGAAAUGGACGACUCUGAUGAGAACAGUAGUGGUACUGAGUCAGGAGGCGAAAGCCAGAAGGAGGCAGAGGCUGUUCAUGAGGUAGAGGAAUUAUCUGAAAAACGGGAGCACGCUCAGAUUCAUGUGCUUCAAGAAGUUGCCAAAUAUCUUGAGAAACCUAAAGAAGAACGCCCAAAAGUAGAGGUUCCCCAGUCGAAAUUUGACGGAAAACAAGACAAAUUUAGAACUAUCCAUGACAGACUUAAAGCUAAGCUGAAACGGUCAUUUUCACUGACAGAGCCUCUUAAACACGUCACUGUGCCUCAACUAGAGAGAAAAUUUAGCCAAGCAGACGAACAAAAGUUCCAUAAAGUUCAAAGUCAAUAUUUAAAGAUUGCUCCUAAGCAAGGAUCUUCAGGAGCUACAGUGAAGAUUCCAGCGGAAAAAACAAAGCAGGGCCUAGUGUCUCCAAUUAUAAUUCAGACUCCAAACACCGUGACAGCACCUGCCAGUGUUUCUUUGAAGAAGGCAGUAAUGUCACAAUCCACACCACAGCUGUCUGGCAAGAAAGAAGAGGUAUCUGGGACUGGAGGGGCAAGCACUGGAUUAGGGGAACAUAAGAAUCCACGUCUCCAUGCUCUGUCUAUGGGACUUCCUCAACUUACAGGCAGUCCGAUUCGUCAAGUGCCUGGGAGAGACUACUCGGGACCACUGGAGACUGUAAAACUCCCACAGCCCAAUGCAAGUCCUGCCGUUGCUACCAAAGCAUUGCGUGAUCUCGAGGCAUUGAGUGAAAGUUUUAAGAACGCAUCACGUGCAGGUUUAAAACUUUAUACCUCUGUUAAUAAUCUUCCUGAUCGUUCCUGUCAAAUCACUAUCGAAGUUUUGUCAUCAAAUCCCACAGGGGGUCCAAGUAUGGCUUCCAGUCUGACGUCACAAACUGUCAGUAUGGCAACUGUAAAACCGGUUGCACCAGUCACACCUGAUCUGGAGCCACGUAGUGCUGGUGUGGAGUCAAAAGAAUUCACACCAGAGAUGCUGAGUGAAAGAAUACAGAAACUUAUUUCAGCAAAUGCUGCUAUUGUCAGCACUCCAAUGGCAGAUCCUCCCCGACACAAACGGAUAUCACGUCAAAACAGUGAGGUCUCCACUCCUGGAAUAAAGGUAGAUUUUGGGCAGCUUGGCACUCCUUCUUCACCCCGAGUAUUUGUCCCAGUGACGACACAUGUAUCAUUAAGGUCACUCAGCGUAGAUGCAGAGGCCCACUCUGCCCCAGUAACACACGAAUAUAGUACCCAAACUUCUACUGGGUCAGCUCAAAGUAAAACACCUGGCAAAGAAGGACAAGUCUUACCUGAUUUUGGGGCUCUAGGUCAUAAAAGUAAAUCGCAAGAGAAAAACAGAUCAAGGGAAGAUAACGAUACUGAAGAAGUACUGGAGGCUGAAGACAUGCCAGAUUAUCAGACAGAUGUUCCUAGUGGUGUGGUACAGGACCUCAAAGAUGACGAUGUCCCAUCAAGCCAUGAAAUACAAGUUGCUAGCUCUGAUGGGCAAACCAGGAAGAUGGAAUUGAAGUCCCGACCACCUUUGGUUAGACAGAACUCUGUGUCAAGCUAUUCGUUGUCAACGAAGGCUUCAGUACUCUCUGAUCCCAGUACAAGUCCACCACAGACUGUCAGUGUGUCGAUGGGGAAUGGCUCAAACGAUCUCCAAACCAAGACCAUGGUUGGCAAGAAUCAGCAGGGUCAGGAAAUUACAAUCAAAAUACAGCUAUCAAAGCCAACAGACAGCACUGGUGAAACGAGAAAACUGGAAAAUAGGAAGGAGAAUUCUGCUAAGGAAGGAGACAGUUAUGGUCCUCACUGUUGUCCCAAAUGUAAGGUGUCCUUUAAGAAGGAGCAGACACUAGAGCUACACAAGUUGUAUUACUGCAAGCCCUCAGGGACUGCCUCCGUCACCAAGCCUGUCCAGGCGCUCACUUCAGCACGCAGUCUAGAGAUGAUCGACCAAGAAAAAGUAGUUCGCCUUUUCACACAUGGAGAGAAUGUAAUAAGAAAAGUAAUCCCUCAGGGCAAUUCCAGUGUAGGUCUGGCAAGCACUAUAGCUGGAAUACAGGCAGGUGCUGUCAGGUCCGAAAUCACCACUUCUCAACAUAAACAAAGCGACCAAGAACAAGUUGUCAUGGCAACACCAACAACACCAAUUCAAGUAAUGUUACCCUCGUCAUCAUCUGCAUUUGCAAUUAACAUGCCAAUAACCCCUACGACCCCACUAACUGCAGAUAACCAAGAGCUGAGCAUAUUUCCACGUAAGAAGGGUCGUCCAAAAGGUUCGAAAAAUCGGCCAAAAGACAUGGCAGAUUUUGACAUGCAGGGUUAUGUCCCUGUUCAGAUCAUCGGGCCUGUGGCCGGACCGAGUACUUCUGGAACUGUGUCUGCACAGAGCUCUGUCCCAAUUCUCAUUAAUCUAGGGUCACAAACCAGUGUUGCGCGUAUGCUGGUCCCUGCGUCUCCUGUUGUUUUGUCAGAAUCAAAUUUGAAGCUGUCCGACAUGCAUCUCAAUCAAACACAUUCAGUGACCCGAGCCUCUUCACUCACAAAGGAAUUUAUGACUAGUGCACUUCAUAGUCCCUUGACAUCUGUAAUUCCUAUCAUUCCAGUGACACCGGUUAUCCAAACAGGGUUUGACCACAAUGAUUCACAGUCUCAUCUAAAGCAGAGGCUGAAAGGUAAGCUUUUGAUGAAAAGGUCAUUGAGUAUUGACAAAUUUUCACCAGAAGGAACUGCAAGCAUUGCCUCUCCAUUGGCCGAGGUACCUACUAGUCUAGAUAUACCCAUCUCUAUGGCAACCGACUCUCAAGAAGCGUUGAACAGGAAGAGGAAGUUACCAGAAUCUCCAUUGAUUGGGGGGUCUACGCUACUAAGGUCCUAUUCAGAACCAGUCGCAAAGCUAACAAAAUUGACCAGUGUAUCGGUGUACGAUCAACAACAGGUUUCCAGUGCUAAUGUUGAGAUCAUAUUGGCAGAGAAGUCUGACACAAUCAUGGUCCCAACUGCAAGGGAACAGUACAUCUUCCAUCCGUCUCAGAUCCUCAGUCACCUAAUGUUCACCUCAAAUAUUGGUAGCUCCAAACAAUUUGUACCAAAGAAAACAACUAAUGUUACUGAUCUAAGUCCAAAAAUUCUUCGAAGUCCAUCCAAGUCAAAACUCAAGGCAGCACUUCUGGGUGAAAUGGUUGGAGAUUUGUCCUCAAAAACUUGCAAUGGAGCUGUCAGCUGCCAGACUGACCCACCCUCACCAACAAAGAGUGAUAAAAACCUAGCAUCACUGACAUUGCUUGGACAUUCCUUUCCCUCCCUCAGAGUCAACACUCACACGACUUUCUGUUGUGUUCAGCGUCCUCAGCCCAUGUACGUGCUACAAGGCAUCAACAAGAGAGUGUCUAUGUACUCCAACUGGAAGCUGUCGCAACACGAUCCCAACCCCGUAGGACUGAGCUGUAAAAUGUUGCUGGAGUUGUACGAUUCCCACUACACAAGUAACCCAGUGUGUGCCAUUCCUAACUCGGGUAUAUCUAAAGGAGGUGUGCUUACUCACAGCAGCUAUUGGUCGUACAAACAAAACCAGCGUCAUACCGACACAAUGGUUACCAAACCAACCACCACACAGGCCAGUGAGUCGGCCACAGCCGGAAAAGGAGACAAACAGGACCAGAAUGUGUGUAAAAUUUCAGCAUUCAAAGGCGGGUAUAAGAGUAUGGAUGAGUACACAUACAUUCGUGGAAGGGGACGGGGAAAGUAUGUGUGUGAAAAAUGUGGAAUUAGGUGCAAGAAACCAAGCAUGUUGAAAAAGCACAUCCGCAGUCAUACUGACCUCCGACCUUACCACUGUAAACACUGUCGGUUCUCAUUCAAAACCAAGGGCAAUCUGACGAAACACAUGAAGUCCAAGGCUCACCACAAGAAGUGUGUAGAACUAGGUAUAAUCCCCAUCCCCACACAGGUGGACGAGUCACAGAUCGACAGCAACGCUCUGGCUGCGCAGUGUGCCCUCUCAAAGGUCGCACGCAUAGUCAGCGACCGCGAGGGUAAGGUCAGUCUGGGCAAUGAGGAUUCUGACGAAGACGAGGAAAACAUGGACAUGUCUGAUGACGAGGACGACAUAGAAGAAGGUGAAGAAUCAGGCGAGGUAACUCUGAUAGAGGUAGAGGAGGAUGCGAGACCGGGCAGCGUCGGGGCUGAAGAAAUCAUUGACGAUACAGCUGAGAGCAGUUCUAGCCUAAACCUGUCCUCCGUGGAACAAGGUCUCCUUGGCUUGGUACCAGUCGUCUGCUCCACCAUACAACCCAUUCUCCAGGUCCAAGCAUCAGAAAAACCGGUCGUAUCAAAAGCAAUGGACACUGGUGAUGACUCCAUUACAACAGGGGAUAGUAUGGCCACAAAUAGACCUAAUGGGACCCCAAGAUUAGGAACUGUGUAUGGAUUUGAGCAAAAGGAAUCAAAUACUAGUCAAGGUGUAAGCUCUGGAGAUGGCGUGGACUCUGAGAUUGCCUGCAGUCUGUUAGAAUUGUCUAAACAGAGCCAGCCGAGCUCGUCCUCUGUUGUGGACCCCCAGACCCCAGACACCACUGGUGGCUCAGCCAAAACCAUAGAGACACGACUGGGCAACCUGAUCAGUGAACUGAUAAUGAGGACAAUGACUGACGACAGUAAACGAAUCCUCCUCCCCUUGGGUACAAAUCAGGUGGACAAGAACACAGAAGAGAAAUCCUCUACCAUUAAUCAUUCGAAGGAGGAAAACGCUCAGCUUGUUGUAUCAAGCCACGAUCAGUCGAAUUCUGAUUCCACUUCUUCAUCUCAGAAAGGAUUCCUGGUCACAGUACCACUGGGUGGCUUCAUGCCCCCAAUGUUGUCAUCGUCCCUUCCCACCACCAGCAGUGAAAUAUCUGUGGAACUUGCAAAACUUUUUAAUAUUGGUCUUAAAGAACCAAUCAGAUUGCAUGUUACAAGUCCUGAUCAGCCUCCAUCAGAAGACGGCCAAUCAUCAACCUCGUACUUGCCAUUUCAGUUCAGUCAUCCAUUCCAUAGUUAUCUCAAUCAAGCAUCAGGGUCUGAAGGUUUUGAAAAGUUGAUCACACAUCUAAAUGACCAGGCUAGGAAAUUAAGCUCAGGAUCAGUGGAGUCUAUAAAAGUCAACGAUCCUGAAAAUCCAGUUUCUGUUUCUUUAGACACUAGUGAUCCAGACUGUGUUUUCAUUCGUUCUGAAGUUACAUCACCAAAGAAGGAGGAGAGUUCUGGAGCCUGUAGUUAUGUAAUUCUGGGGGAGAAUUCUUCUUCGAGGGGAGGAAAGUUUGUCUGUGAUAUUUGUAUGAAAGCAUUCCAAGAGAACCAACAGUUAGUACUCCACAGAAAUAUUCACUUCAUUGAAAAGCCUUUCAAGUGUGACACCUGUCACCUAGCAUUCAAAACACAUAGCAUCUUCAUGAAGCAUCAGCAGUCGGAACCACACCAGACUCUAGUCCGCGGCGAUUUAUCAUCCUCGGAUAAUCCACGUCCAUUCCGUUGUGAUGACUGCGACAUCGCAUUCCGCAUGAAAGGUCAUCUUGCAAAACACCUAAGGUCCAAGAAUCAUGUGCAGAAGUGGGAACAGUUAGGCAGACUUCCAGUCGGCACAUAUAACAAAUAUGAGACAGCAAUCAGCGGGUUAGAGGCAUCAGACAUAUCAGUAUUUCUACAGACUCUAGUGCAGUUCACAAAAACAGCGGGAACAGUUCUUGGUACAUCUGUGUCCGGAGAACACAGCUCCUCUACUGCUGAACCAACCGAGUCUUCAGGAAAAGAUAUUGAUUCAUUCCAGUCUCACAGAAAAGCAGCGUAUGAACGACACGAACAUGCCUCCAAUGAGCGUGUCACAGUGGAGCUGAUAAAACAGGAACCAAUAGACAUCGGGGACAUCGGCAAAGAUCAGGAAGAGGAGGAGAAGGAUUCUGCAAGGAGCUGUCGUACGGGAGAGGACAAGGGGCUGGCUGAGGGGCCACACAUGUGUGGAAUCUGUAGGAAAGGUUUCAGGAACCUAGACCAUCUCAAGAGUCACUUAAUCACUCAUGCUGAGCUCCGACCCUAUGUGUGCGAGUACUGUGACGCAGGAUUCACAAAUGCCCAGUCACUGAAAAUACAUCUUCAGACACAUGCCCAGGAGAGACCCUAUGUGUGUGGUAUAUGUGGCGAUACUUUUGACAAGGCUGAGAACCUUAAGAUACAUGUGGAGGAACACAACAAGGCUAUGUCAUCAUGGGAUUCAGUAACCAUAGAAACCAAUGACCAGGGGGACCUGAAGGUCACCACCCUGCAUCAACCAGAGAAUGAGAAGACUGAUGCCAUGGAAACCAAAUCAGAGGGAACAGUUAUACAGUCGGUUCCUCGGUCCACAGUAGAAAAACCUACCACAGAAGUGACUGGUAGAGUCACUGUGGACUCAGAUGGAGCCAAGAUUGUUUAUGUGAAUGUGAGUGCUGACUCUGAUGGAGAUUUUGUGGUGGUGCAGAAUGCAGGUGAUUGUAGUACUGAAGGAUUUCCUUGUGACAUUAAAAACAGCCCAGUCACUAAAGUUGUUCCCAUGGAAACAACAGGUGAUGUAAAUGAAAUGAACAUUUUUCAAGAUUCAUCUGACAUGGACAAUAUUCUGAUUAUAAGUGAAGAGGGCGAUAUUGGGGAUCAGGAUGGUUUUGUUAUUUACACGGAUGGAGCAAACUCUGAAGUUAAACAGGUGAUGAUUGGGAAAGAUUUUCUUGCCAACCACAGUAAGGAUAACGAAGUGGAGUCGGAAACACAACUACAAGAUAAAAGUGCUGAGGCAGAUUCUAGUGCUGUAACUAUGGUAACAGCAUCAAGUUUGUUAGAUACUGAUAAGGUGAAAAACGAAACGAAGUCGGACGUUAAAGAUCUUGAGUCUGGGGUUGGUGCAGGAGUUGAUGCAGUGAUGACAAAUGUAGAAACAGAUGUGAGAAAACCUACAUGUGUUGACCAUCAUAUUGACAGUGUGGAAAUGACUGAUGCAAAUCAAGAGUCUGAAAAGACAAACUAUAGUGCUAAACAGACUGUUACAAAUACAGAUAAUGAAGCAAAACAUAGAGGUCUGACAGUAGACCAUACAGGUCUGACAGUAGAACAUACAGGUCUUACAGCAGAACAUACAGGUCUUACGGUAGAACAUACAGGUCAUACGGUAGACCCUACAGGUCAUACGGUAGACCCUACAGGUCUUACGGUAGAACCUACAGGUCUUACGGUAGAACAUACAGGUCAUACGGUAGACCCUACAGGUCAUACGGUAGACCCUACAGGUCUUACGGUAGAACCUACAGGUCUUACGGUAGAACAUACAGGUCAUACCGCAGAACAUACAGGUCUUACGGUAGAACAUACACGUCUUACGGUAGAACCUACAGGUCUUACGGUAGAACCUACAGGUCUUACGGUAGAACAUAUAGGUCAUACCGCAGAACCUACAGAUCCUGCAGCAGUUAAUACUGAUCCGGUAGUGGUAAAAACAGGUCAGUUAGUAGAACAUAUGGAUACUUCUUUGGAAAGUGUUCCACCAAGGCAGGACGCAGCCAUCGCCAAACUGGCAGCAAAUGGAGAAACAGAUAAGAAUUGUUCAAACAAUGCUGCUUAUUCAAAAGAACAUUUUACUCAUAAAGUUACUGAUUCAGGUGAACAUAUGACAGAAACCGGUGAUAAUGACAAGCAGACAUGUUGUGCAAUGUCUGAUGUUAAAGACCAAAUCUGCAGUAACGUUCCUUCGGAAAAGGGAGAUAACAUUGAUUUAAGCGAUACCACUGUAACUGUUUGUCACGAGGCAUUUAUUGUUAAAGACAAUGAUGGGAAUAUCAUCCAUAUGGCUGCCAUAGAGACAGAGAGCUGUGUGACAGAAAAUACCGGGGCAACAUUGUAAAAUGUCUGAUGAUCAUUGAAAUAUGUUUGAUGAGCAUAGUGAUCACUGACAGUUUCGAGUGAUCACAGACUGUACAAAGCCUAAUGAUAAGUGGAAAGAUACAUGUGGUGCGAUGAUCGUUAUACAGACAGGGUGUGAUGAUCGUUAUACAGACAAUGUGUGAUGAUCGUUAUACAGAGGGUGUGUGAUGAUCGUUAUUCAGACACGCGUGAGAUGAUCGUUAUACAGACCAUGUGUGAUGAUCGUUAUAUAGACAGUGUGUGUUGAUCGUUAUACAGACAGUGUGUGAUGAUCGUUAUACAGACAAUGUGUGAUGAUUUGUAGACAAUGUGUGAUGAUCGUUAUAUAGACAGUGUAUCAUGAUCGUUAUACAGACACGUUUGUGAUGAUCGUUAUACAUACAGUGCCUGAUGAUCGUUAUAUAGAUAGUGUGUGAUGAUCGUUAUACAGACAGUGUGUGAUGAUCGUUAUACAAUGUGUGAUGAUAGUUAUACAGACUGUUUGUGAUGAUCGUUAUACAGACAGUGCGUGAUGAUCGUUAUAUAGAUAGUGUGUGAUGAUCGUUAUAAAGACAGUGUGUGAUGAUCGUUAUACAAUGUGUGAUGAUAGUUAUACAGACUGUUUGUGAUGAUCGUUAUACAGACAGUGUGUGAUGAUCGUUAUACAAUGUGUGAUGAUCGUUAUACAGACUGUUUGUGAUGAUCGUUAUACAGACAAUGUGUGAUGAUCGUUAUACAGUGUGUGGUGAUCGUUAUACAGUGUGUGGUGAUUGUUAUACAGACAAUGUGAGAUGAUCGUUAUACAGACAGCGUAUGAUCGUUAUACAGACAGUGUGUGAUGAUCGUUAUACAGACAGUGUAUGAUGAUCGUUAUACAGACAGUGUGUGAUGAUCGUUAUACAGAAACGUGUGAGAUGAUCGUUAUACAGACAAUGUAUGAUGAUCGUUAUACAGACAGUGUGUGAUGAGCGGUAUACAGACAGUGUGUGAUGAUCGUUAUUCAGACACGUGUAAGUAAUGAUCGUUAUACAUACAGUGUGUGAUGAUCGUUAUUCAGAUACGUGUGAGAUGAUCGUUAUUCAGACACGUGUGAAAUGAUCGUUGUACAGACAAUGUGUGAUGAUCGUUAUACUGAUAGUGUGUGAUGAUCGUUAUACAGACAAUGUGUGAUGAUCGUUAUACAGACAGUGUGUGAUGAUCGUUAUACAGACAGUGUGUGAUGAUCGUUAUUCAGACACGUGUGAGAUGAUCGUUAUACAGACAAUGUGUGAUGAUUGUUAUACAUACAGUGUGUGAUGAUUGUUAUACAGACAGUGUGUGUUGUGAUAAUUAUUUAAAAGUGCGUGUAUAUUGUAUCUAUUGCCAAUAGUAGUUAAUAGUUAUUUGUAAUGUAUGUAUAUGGUCAUCACUCUAAAAACAAUGAUAUAAGGACAGUCUGACCUGCUUAUUGUAAAGAACCCACCACAGCCUGAUGUAAGAUUGUGAGAGAAAAUAUAAAAACAUCUCCCGUUUCUAGUCAACGAUUAAUUACAACACCCGCGUUUUGUUUAAUAUAUAUAUGUUUUUAUUAUGGCAAGUCAUUUGUAUCAUCACACGCAAAUUUACCAUUAAAUUCGCUGAUGCAGGGCUGUUAACAAACAGCUUGUUGAUGAGCAAUAUCACAACUCUUGAUUACAUUUUGCAGUUUUACAAUUAUUUUUUGUCAAACUCAAUCAAUAUCUGUAUGUUAGUCAGUUUCAAUAUCUAAACGGCGUCAUGAUUUACCUCUUGGCGUAGCUGGAACUAGUUGGAAUGCAGAUGUAUCCUAAAUUACCCUGACACAUAUCCUUAAGUAUUAUUCUCUCGAGGUAGAAAGUACCAGCCCCUCUCUUGUAUUAAUGUAGCCGUAAGUAAGUAUUAAUUUCCAUCCUUACAAAAUGCAUCUCCUUAAUUUUUAUGAAGUAGGAAAAUUACAUGAAUAUAUACAUUGUGCUAGCCGUCAUGGUAUUUGUUUUGUUGAUACUCUUCUGUAGCUAUACUUGGACUAUUUGUAGAUGUUCAAGUAAUGAUUCCGUAUCAAAAUAUCAUGCUUAUAUGAAUAUAAGAGACCGCACAAUAACUUCACUAGGCGACAAAAAGUGGUGAUACUCUGAAGUAGACGACUUCAGGUAUCUGCCCGUGUGAGUAGAUCACCAGUACUAUUGGACGUUCAUGCUGAUAUCUGUUUGUAAUAUAUUGUCUGUAUGGAAUGAGAAAAACAUGUAAACAAUGAACAACCAAUUAAGUUUGAGGAAACCUUGCCAUCAAUAGCAAAUAUCCCUGUUCGUUACUUUAUCGUUUCUCUCUCGAGAAGUAUCAAAAUAGUUUUAAUCAAAUAAGUCUGCAGUAAUUUUCUUGAUAUUAUUCAGUAACAUCCGAUUACACUGGACUGAAGCUACAUCGCUCAAGCCGCUUCAUGCCCAGCACAAGUGGGUACGUUGUAAACAGCCAGGCGACAUGCUUAGAAUUUUAUCUUAGUUUCAGGUAAACGCCUAUCUUAUGCCUCAUUAUUAGAGAUGACAAAUGUGCAUCCCUUACCUCACCCUCAAUGAUUCAUGGUUUCCUUCUGCUUGGUAUAUUUGGUAAAUCAGUAAUACUUCAUAAAACUGAGUUGGUCUACCAUCGGUGGAUCUCAUUUUCAUGUCUUGACCUCGUUAUGUUUAGUGGUCCCAUCAUCAAUAUAUUGAUUGGCUCUAUCAGUAUUAUAGAUGUAAUUGUUUGACCCAGAUAUCGAUGGGCGUUCGUUUAGAAUAAUAUGACAUAGAAGAACGAAACUAUGCUCCCAAAAUAUGUAUGAAAAGCGGAUCAACACCAGAUUAUUGGAGCCUGGGUUACCUUGCCAAUCGUUAAGGUAUUUAGAUUCGAUAUACGAGUAGAUACGAUGAGCGAUGAAAACCGCCAAAAUAUCUGUCAGAAAAAUAUAGUAUGCUUAGCGUAACUAAUGUAACCUGAGUGGGUCCGUGUUGGGCAUCAUUAUAUUUGUCUAGACCGACCCAUUUCUCCAUACGUGUUGUGUAAAUAUUUAGACGGAUCCGGUCAUAUUUGAAAAUGUAUUAUUGGAUCUAAAAUGUGUAUUUUGUCAACACUUUUAACCUUUUCUGAGAUGUUCGACUUAUAUGGAAAAUCAUGCUUUUGGAAGAUUUGUUUCUAAUAUUUAGUGAUAGACCUACACACUUCCACAGCCGAGGCAAUGAUAAUGCUUCGUUGUUUUUCAUUUUAUAAAUAAAAAUGAUAAUAAGCGAACAUUUUCGACAAUAUGUUAUUUAAACAAAAUGUGAACAAUCUCGAAAAAAGUAGUUCAAUUUUUCUUCCUUAUUUUUUUAAUUUUUAGAAUAGGAAAAUUCGCAGGUCCCAAACCAUUUCUUAAUUUAACUUGACCUUUACAGUUGCAUUGAUGUGCAACAACACCAUCAUGAGUACGUUUUUUCAACUUUAUUUUUCAGUAAUUUUGUAAUAGUACUUUUAGCGCUUACACUAGAGAGCUGAUCUCUAGAAGACUCUGCAAAAUUCACUACUUUAGCAAAUCUACGAUAAUUAAAAGACCUGCAAUAUUAGUUUUUUAUAGACAUUAUCACAAAACCUGUCAUUUUCCAUGCUAAAGAUCAAAAGAAUGUCGCACUUAUGUUUUUUUUAUGAAACUGUCUGAAAUUCAAAAGAUCUAUAUACAGAGGGUUUGAAAUAAAUAUUUUGAUCUCUAAACAAACUCCUUUAAUUAAUUAAAUAUACACCUGUAUACAACCGUUAUGCUGAUAGAACAGAAUAACUUGCAAAUUGCGACAAACCCUCACAUAUUACACUGUACAUCUGCACACCUCUUAAAGCAUGUAGUUGAGAAUGAAAAGAGUGAACUCUUGUUAGUCUUAAAUAAUGAAAUUCUAGAAAUUUGACCAGACAGUAUGUGAAGCCGUGUAUGUAUACAUACUUGAAUCCUUUUUCUUU